UUUCGCCCCCGGUACACAGGCACUUCUCGCACUUUGUCUCAAUUCCCAAAACUGUCGCCCCGGCAGUUGCAAUUUAUGAAGAUUUGUGUGUGGCCAGGAUGCCAGCGAAGUGUGGGACGCACGCCAGGAUGCAGGACUCAGCACUCAAGGAGACUUGGCCCACUCCGCCCACUCGCUUUCGUUUCGACACUGCACUUGUUUUGAUUUGUUUGGAAUAAUAACAGAUGCUUGCCGUUCAUAUUAUUCAUUGUGGAAAUUAUUAGCGCUUGACAAUAAAAAUGGUUAUUUGAACAGCACUCGAAAGUGAGUGCGCCCCCCCGACCACCCCACCCCCCUCUCACCGGCAAUCCCCUGCCGCACAACACAAAUUGCAAUUUGUGCAAAUAUUUAUGUACAUUGAAAAUUACUCAUUUGUGUAACACCAAUUAAUUUCAACAAACAGCGGCGGGCGCACAACAAUGGCCAAGCCAUUUAUAAAACUUGGCCGCUUGUUGUUGUCCUUGUUGUCCUUGCUGCCUUGCUGGUCAAACAAAUGGGGGAAAAUGAGGUCCUUUGUUUCCCCAAAAUAAACGAUGCCGCUGCACACGAUACACACUGUACAGUGGAGCCCUUCGCCAACAGCCGACAAAGCAGUUCAAUCAGCUCGAACAUAUAUAUAUAUAUAUACAUAUAUAUAUGUAUAUAUAUGGUAUGUGUAUGGGCGAAAAAUGCGGGGUUAUCGCCUCAUUAUUGGGACACUGGAAAAUUCCCUGUUUACACUGCCAUUUUUCAAGUUGCGCCAACAAAUUGCAGCUAAUUAGUGGCCACACUAGCCGGCAAAUCCGGCGAAAUAAGCUCAUAUAUAUACAAUAUACUAAAAGCGGCGUGCACAGCAAAUGGCACUCGGCAACUUCAAGUUUUCCACUCAAUCAGAGAUAAUAGGAACAAAUGGGCGAGGGUCAGACGAGGGUCAGACGAGGGUCGACGCACUUUUCGAGGGGUGACGAACUUAAAUAAUACCUUUUGGAUACUGCAAACUCGAGGGCUGAGACAGCUUAUAAGGAUGGUUAAGGUGUCCUCUAUUUUAGUUCAAAACUUAGAACAGAUAACGAAGAAAAUACAAGUAAAUGCGUUUGUAUGAUAUAUAUUUUCUAUUGUAAAAGUUUCUGAUAAAUCACUAUACCAUUUCAUUCCCAUGAAAAACGAACUGGAACAAUGCGAGGUAGUCACUGACUUGUCUGUCGUCGAUUUUUCACUCGUUUAGUCUUUGAAAAAGUAUAAGUCACCGUUCCCGAAUCAAAAUUUGUUUUAAAAUUUUUAAGAAGCCCCACAAGCGUGAAUGUAGCGUAUUUAAGUGCGGUUCAGUGAAAAGUGCAAAGCACACGUGUAUCACAUCCUCAAUGGUCAUUACCUUCCGGAAAAGCGAGAUCGGGACAAACGCAAUCCAAAGACGACUGCUAGUGCAGCACGCUGAACCAGUGGCAGCAGGAGGGCUAAUGUCCAGAUUCUAGAAUUCAAAUUGCAACACCUGGACUUUGCACACCACUAGGAGGAACUUAGAGAAGAAAACAGUCGAAGCGAGAAUUUUUUCCUACAUUUUCAUCAGGCGUGUUUUGUGAAAGGAUCAAAAGAAAAAAAACUGAACGUUAAACAAUUCACCGACAUAUAUAGAGGGGAAACAGUUAAUUCCAUUCGGUUAUAUUCUGGUGAGAAGUGAGCGCAACGCAGCUGCACCCAAGAAGCGAAUUAGUGACCCAAGUAGCCCAGCGCCGCCGAGGAUCCAGUUCCAUUCUCCAACCAGCCGCCAUCUCAGGGUGAGUCCCUGACAAGCAGCCCCAACGGCGUCCCAGACGAUUGUCCUAUCCAGCCCGGACAACGCAGCCGCGGCCCCCAAAACCGAGGCCAUGGCGGAGGUUCUCAAUCUGGAGAGCAUAAUUGCCCGUCUAUUGGAGGUGCGUGGCGCCCGGCCCGGCAAGAAUGUGCAGCUGUCGGAGGGCGAGAUACGAGGAUUGUGCCUCAAGUCACGAGAGAUACUGCUGACGCAGCCCAUACUGUUGGAGCUGGAGGCGCCGCUCAAGAUUUGCGGCGAUAUCCAUGGCCAGUACUAUGAUCUGUUGCGUCUAUUCGAGUACGGCGGCUAUCCGCCGGAGGCUAACUAUCUCUUCUUGGGCGACUACGUGGACAGGGGCAAGCAGUCGCUGGAGACCAUCUGCCUGCUGUUAGCGUACAAGAUCAAAUAUUCGGAGAACUUCUUUUUGCUGCGCGGCAAUCACGAGUGCGCCAGCAUUAAUAGAAUCUAUGGAUUCUACGACGAGUGCAAGCGAAGAUAUACCAUCAAGUUGUGGAAGACAUUCACGGACUGCUUCAACUGUCUGCCGGUGGUGGCCAUUGUGGACGAGAAGAUCUUUUGCUGCCACGGCGGACUGAGUCCGGAUCUCACCUCGAUGGAGCAGAUCCGUCGUAUUAUGCGUCCCACCGAUGUGCCCGAUCAGGGACUGCUCUGUGACUUGCUGUGGUCCGAUCCGGACAAGGACACCAUUGGAUGGGGCGAGAACGACCGUGGCGUUAGCUUCACCUUUGGCGCCGAGGUGGUGGUCAAGUUUCUCCAGAAGCACGAUCUGGAUCUGAUCUGUCGUGCCCAUCAGGUCGUCGAGGAUGGUUACGAGUUCUUCGCCAAGCGCCAAUUGGUCACCCUCUUUUCCGCUCCCAACUAUUGCGGUGAAUUUGACAAUGCUGGUGCCAUGAUGUCCGUGGACAAUACACUUAUGUGCUCCUUCCAAAUCCUGAAGCCCGUCGAGAAGCGCAAGAAGUAGAGGACAGCGAGAUCUGUUAACGCUUCCAGAUUUAUUAUUUUACACAAUAACACUGGCACGCAACUCAUUCACAAUAUCCUACACGAAAUCGUUUCGAAAUCAUCAUACCCACAGUCAUCCCUAAUCAACCGGAUCGAAGAAAUGGCCCAACCUCGACAUAUACCUCCAUGGAUCCUAAGGUUCAGGGGUAUGCACUACCCACUUCUUGCAUAUGUGUAAUAUUAAACCAAUGUUAUCAAAUGGAGUUUUUCGAACGAACUCACAGAGAUUUGAACGCAGAGCUUAUACUUAGCUAAUGCAAAAUAUUGCCAUAUGUUACUUUUACAAAAAUAAACGUCCAAUUAAAUUCU